AUGUUGUUUGGAGACCUGGUAGAACUGGCAGAUAAAGCAUCCAAGUACGAGGAGCUACUCAGGGAAGAACAGCAUAAAAGAAACUCUUCCAAAGGCACAUAUUAUAAGUCCUUUUCUUCUUCAAUACAUAUGAUUGAGGUAGAGUCAGAAGAAGAUGCAGAAGGCUCGGAGGAGAGAGAGAUUGCAGUGGCAGAGAUGGCAAAAUUAAAGCACCCCAUCAGUUGUAAGGCUCUUACAAAGCCUCCAAGAGAUCAGAAGCCGCCACCAUUCACAUGA